UAAUGCCUGCCCACUUCAUAAAACAGGAAGAUAACCUGACCGAAACCCAUAACAUGAAAACACGACGGACCGUACAAAAGCUGUAAUAGUAGAACUGAAUAACCGCCGACCUACAUCGCUAGGAGGACAGAAAACGGCAGAUUGGAUUAAACUCUUGCUGUAACGGCUGUUUGUUCACAGCAGGGCGAGCGAGGCAGUUUUUUUUUAGCUCGCUAAGUUAGCCUGCUUGCUAGGGUCCGGGUCGAGAUUAUUUCACAGCUGGUUUGGUUGCUCAAUCCAAAACGUUUCACCAUGGGCUCCCGAGCGUCCACGUUACUGCGAGAAGAGGAAAUUGAGGAAAUUAAGAAGGAGACUGGCUUCUCCCACAGUCAGAUUACUCGCCUGUACAGCCGCUUCACCAGUCUGGAUAAAGGAGAAAACGGCACCCUCAGUCGAGAAGAUUUCCAGAGGAUCCCGGAGUUGGCUAUUAAUCCUCUGGGAGACAGAAUCAUCAAUGCCUUCUUUCCUGAAGGGGAGGACCAGGUUAACUUCAGAGGUUUCAUGCGGACCUUGGCUCACUUCAGACCCAUAGAGGACAAUGAGAAGAACAAGAACGCUGCUGCCAGUGAGCCACUCAACAGCCGGACAAACAAGCUGCUAUUUGCUUUUCGUCUGUAUGACCUGGACAGGGAUGACAAAAUCUCACGGGAUGAGCUGCUUCAGGUUUUAAGGAUGAUGGUUGGUGUAAACAUUUCAGAUGAACAGCUAGGCAGCAUUGCUGAUAGGACCAUCCAGGAGGCCGACACGAACGGAGAUAACUCCAUUUCCUUCAAUGAGUUCAUCAAGGUUUUGGAGAAGGUGGAUGUGGAACAGAAAAUGAGCAUCCGUUUCCUGCACUAAGUUUUUUUUUUUUUUUUUAAGUAAAGCUUCAACGUGUCAGUUGAUGUCAGGACACAAUCCCAUCCAGCUUCUCAGCAGGCUGCUGUGGCCCACUCUAGUACCUCCCUCUAGUACACACUCUCAGACCAAGCACUAGGUAGUUAAUAUCAUAGAUCUUGAGUUUCUGCCUUUGCACCGCUCUGUAAACAAAGGGAAAAGUUGCGUGCCUUGGGUUGUUUUAUGCAAUGUUGCUAUGUAUUUCUUUUUCCCAGUAAUGGAACAUUAUUUAUUAGAAACCUUUUAGAGGGUCACAGUUCGUACCACUGCUGUUCCACUUUCACAUGAAAACUGAUUUUAUAGCACUGUACCAUAAAGCAUUUUGCUAUUGCAGUGAGUAAGUUUAUCAUAAGUUUACUCAUGCUGUUCCAUGGAAAUUUAGCACAUGCUGCGUCCUCGUCCGUAUAAAUAUGCAACGGUUCAAAGUGAAACUUGUAAGAUGUGUGACUCCAUUUAAAAACAGACAGUGUUUUUAAUACUAACAGGAUCUAAUGACUCCUUCUCUUCGACUUGUGGCAGAGCAAGUCUGACCAGCCAACUCUAAGUUUGUCCCUCGAAGCAAAGCAGGACCUGCUCCACUGAUAUUUUGUGUUUUACUCACUAAAGUGCCAUGGCUUUGGUUCCUACUUGUAAAUUAAUAUCUCAACGGUACACCGGAACCUAUGGCCAUGUUUGAGUGUUUUGUUUUCUUGUGGCUUAAGCCAGCUACUGCCAAUAGAUUGUAAUGACCUGUUUCGAUUGUUGGACGUCAACCAAAGUGAGUUUGACCAUCCUUCAAAAGCCAGUAACCACCUGGGGCCUGUUGGAGCCACUGCUGAGUCAGCAUGUUUAUAAUGUGAUAUUUUUAAAAAAAUAAUGCUUAUUAAUUUACAACUAAAAACUGUUGUAACAAAAAAUUAUGGUAAGAAUGGAGAUUUCACACAGAAUGCUGCCAUCACUUUGGAUAGUGUGUCUUCCCAAGUGGCUGUUCUGACAACAUAGUCCAUUUGUAAAAUUGUAUCACGAGGACCAUUGUGGCCUACUUUCAAAAAAUGUUUUCCCCAUAAUAGAGACUUUAUAAGGCUCUGGCCAACAGUGUCAGGUCCUUCGGUGGAAAUUGGGCUGUGGACCAGUUAGUUUGCAGAUUUAGGACAGGUGAAACCAAGAUAACAUGCUAUGCUUCUCUUUGAAUGAUCAGUGUCACUGUGGCUGAGAAAAAAUGUUUGUUGAUAUUUGUCUUGCAAUUUCUUUCCCCAUCGAGCUAGUUCCAGAUACUAAAGUUGAUUAAAUGCAUUAGAAAUAUAUUUUCUGUACUGGCUCGUGUACAUGAACUGGAGUGUAGAUGUAUGACCCAUUUAAUCUUUAAUGUGAGUUUGUUAAAUCAUUAUGAGAACACCCUCCAGCAUAUGAGUGCAUGAAGUACAAUGUGACCAUUUUAUUGAUCAUUAUGUGAUUAUCAAUCAGAUGAUUCACAUGUUAUGUGAUGUUGGUCUAUAGGUAUUAUUACAGUGAUUCAUGAAUUUGAUUUGAAUAAAGUAAGUGCCAUGUUU